UACUAAUACUGUGCUACUGCUUUACUAGUUUACUAUUAUUAUACUAUAUAAUAAAGGAAAAUAAAUAAUGUUCAGAACACUGUGCAAUGUAGCCCGGGAUUUUUCCUAUCCUAAGAGUAAAUAUCCCAAAAAUCUGUUCUUAAAAACGAAUAUUACAACAUACGCAAAGGCCAUCAAACGACAAUCUCAGAAAAAAGAACCGGUGGAAGUAGUAAAAUGGGUUUUAUUGGUUAUACCAGUAAGUUCGUUUGGGCUGGGCUGCUGGCAAGUAUACCGUCUGCAAUGGAAACUGGAGCUUAUAGAUAUUCUUCAAGCGAAAUCCAAUUCUAGUCCAGUCCCAAUGCCAACUGACUUUUCAGCACUAGAAAAGAUGGAGUAUAGGCCAGUUAAAGUGAAAGGGGAUUUUCUUCAUGACAAGGAGAUUGUUAUAGGACCCCGAGCACUUAUUGAUAAUGAACACCAGAGAUUUGGAUCCCUGGUGUCUGACCCCAAGAAAAACCAAGGAUGGCUUGUUGUUACUCCAUUUAAAUUAUCUGAUACAGGUGAGGUGAUCCUAGUCAAUCGUGGUUGGGUACAUCAAAGCAUGCGGCCCAAAGAUAAACGGGAACCAUCCAUGAUUAAAGGUGAAGUGGAGUUAACAGGUGUUGUAAGGCUCACUGAGAAGAGAGCUCCGUUUAUGCCAAAGAACAACCCUGAAAAAGGUUCUUGGUUUUCUAGGGACUUGGAUGCGAUGAGUGAAUAUUUAGGGUGUGCUCCAGUAUGGCUGGACGCAAGGGGCAUCCCAGACCCUCUUGCAGGCUGGCCAAUACCUAACCAAACUCGAAUCACUUUGAGGAAUGAGCAUAUGUCAUAUAUUGUUACUUGGUAUUUACUGUCAGCUUUCACAGCUGUUAUGUGGCACAGAUUUUUUAUACGGAAAUUACCACUGAUGUAAAUUUUUACUUUACAGUUAACAACAACCAAAAUGGGUCACUUUGUACAGAACUUCCCAUAAAAACUGACGUGUGUUGAUGGGCUUUUGAGUAGGGAGUAGUAGUUUGUAGGAAACAGUGGCUCGGAAAAAAAUAGCCGGGCACAGUGGCUCACUCAACCUAAUUCCAACAUGAUAGCGAUAUUUGGGCGACUGAGCCACUGUUUCCUACCCUACCCUAUAGUUAAAACCGAGUGAAAGCGUAAAUAUCUGUUUCAACUUGGGGCAAAAUGUUUUUGUACGUCGUACCUCUACAGGUCGCAUUUCUCAUCAAUUCUCGAUAUAUUUAUUUAGUGAGCAUGAGCAAGUUAGAUGAUUAUAUAGAAUUUUCCUGUCAAUUCCCCUACCUCCAAGCUAUCUACUAGUUUAUAGAUGGAUCAGUUUUUAUUCUUGGGAACCAAAUAGAAAGUAAUUAUAGAUUUUUUAUUUGUAACUUUUCUUGUAAAAUAAAUAUAAAUGUACGUAUAGGUUUUUAAUUUUACUCCUAAGAAUAAAAUCAAGUGUAGGUACCUA